AGCCGCGGCAGCCAUUUCCAACGAGCUGGUGGGGGCGAAAGAUGGGGACGCCCGUCGGGUGGUCGCAGGGGGGUUCAGGAUCAGUGUGUCUCGCCUUCGAUCAACUGCGGGACGUGAUUGAGGCUCAGGAGGAACUGAUCCACCAGCUGAGGAACGUGAUGGUUCUCCAGGAUGAAAAUUUUGUCAGUAAAGAAGAGUUCCAGGCAGUGGAGAAAAAGCUGGUGGAAGAGAAAGCUGCCCAUGCCAAGACCAAGGUUCUCCUGGCCAAGGAAGAGGAGAAGUUGCAGUUUGCCCUCGGAGAUGUAGAGGUGCUGUCUAAACAGCUGGAGAAAGAGAAGCUGGCCUUUGAAAAGGCGCUCUCCAGUGUCAAGAGCAGAGCCCUGCAGGAGUCCAGCAAGAAGGACCAGCUAAUCACCAAGUGCAAUGAAAUUGAGUCUCACGUUAUAAAGCAAGAAGAUAUACUUAAUGGCAAAGAGAAUGAGAUUAAGGAGUUGCAGCAAGUUAUCAGCCAGCAGAAAGAGAUCUUCAGGAAUCACAUGUCUGACUUUUGGAUCCAGAAGCAGCAGGAGAACUACAUGGCCCAGGUGCUGGACCAGAAGCAUAAGAAAGCCUCGGGGAUGCGUCAGACCUGGAGCCGCCAGUGUUCCAGGGAAAAAUAAAAUGGGCGUCUCCUUCCUGUUAUGUGGCUGUAAUGCCCAACCUCUGCCUUCUCUGCUGUGGUGGUCCCCAUCCUGACCCUUCCGAUCCCUGUGGGUACCUCCCUCAGGCCUCACAGUGGCCUGGACCCCAGGGAAGAGGUAGGGCGAAAGGCAAAAGACACUCUUUCCUUCUUCCCUGCCUGCCUUUUGGACCACCACCUGCCAGGCCACUGCUGUGUUCAGAAUGGAUGCUCCUCGAGUCUCCAGCCCCUGCUACUCCCCUCCCUCCCUCCUUUGGGUAGUAGUGGGGGCCCAUGGGGGUAUGGGGUUGUAGCCUAGGGAAGGACUACUUGGUUGUCUAGUAGGCACUGUCCCUUCUUACUCUUGGUAUUAAAUUCCUUCCUAUAUAAACAACCCUGGUUACCCCAGUGCCCUGGUAAAUUUAACUCUCCCAACUUGAA